CCGGAGCGAGAGCAAGACCGGAGAGCAGCACCGGAGAGCUGGACACGUCUCUGCGCUCUGAUACUCGCAGCUUUACGCACAGACACAAUGGUGUGGUUCGGGGGCACGGAGCUGGAGCGGCCGCCGCUGACCGCGAUCCUGCCUCGGCUGUACCUGGGUGCAGAGAGCGACGUGACGCAGGAGUGUCUGGCGUCCCUGGACAUCUCGUACGUCCUGAACGUGUCCCGGGUCAGUCCUCAGCCCUCCUUCCUGCCUUUCUCGAGAUUCCUGCGUGUGCCUAUCGACGACUCUCUGAGCGACGACCUACUGCCCUGGAUCCCCCAGGCCCUGACCUUUAUUGAUACAGCACUCUCCUCUGGCGCCUCCGUCCUUGUUCACUGCGCCGCGGGCAUCUCUCGCUCGCCUGCUCUCACAGUGGCGUACAUCAUGCAUCGGCUGGGCCUGGAUCUAGACCACGCCUACAGGUUUGUGAAAGAGCGCAGACCCUCCAUCUCACCCAAUCUGAACUUCCUGGGCCAGCUGCAACACUUCCAGAGCACCCUGAAGCUGGGAGCCCCUCUGCCCGUGACUCCUGAAGAACCCAUGGACCCCGCAUGUAUUGCAACUACCGCCAGCACCCAAGUCCCCACAGACCACCUAAAGGACCAGGCUCCCACAACAGUAGCAGUACUCAAGGGACCCCCCUCCAGCCACAGACUACCCAAGUCCCUCAGCCUCAACCUGCACGGACACAACCAGGACUUAUGUCGUAAAAGUCUAAGGGAUAAACGCCAAAGCUUGACUUUAUCCCUGACCCCCAUAAAUCAGGAACCCCCCAGCAUCAACCCAGGCCCCCCCUCCCCUGCAGAGAGAGUCCCCCAGCACACGCAGCAUGUCCAGAGGUGUCCCAAGGGGGAGCACAAGGAGGCGCUGCUUUCCCCCCUCAGCCUGACCCUGAACCGGCUCCUUUCGUGGGGGGAGAGGAUCCUACUAGCGGCCCCUGUGCGCAUGGGGCAGCCCGCUCUGCCGUACAGCUGCUAGGAUAUCUACCAAAACUUAUAUUUAUACUUGUGUUAAAUGUGUUCAUGUGUAGGGCUGCACAAUACGUCGCAAUCAAAAUUUUAAGAUACUGCAAUUAUCAAACCGCAAAGGAAUAAAUUAUUUAGAUAUUAGAGCAGGGUUGACCAUUCAAAAGAUGCAAUAUUUACUUUGUUAACUGAUACUUUGCCGUUCAUCAAUAUUACCUGAGGAUGUGAUGCUAUCUGAGGGCACUGCUCUGUCUGAUGCUCUGUUACUCAAGUUAGACUUUAAUCUGAGCUUUGUUUUAACACAAUCUAACCAUAAACAAUCAGCUUAGUUGGAACUGAAAAAGGUGAGAUGAUUUGUGCUGUUAAACAAGUCCCUCUCGAAUUACAUUACAAUUACAAACUAGCAUUAGCCAACAGUUUUUCAAUUAUUAACUCUCACCUUUUUGUUGAAAAGGUGAGAGUGUAAAAGCUGCUGACCCAGCUAGUUUAGACCUCUGCAAACAUGUUCUGAAAUACAUUGUCACAUCAGUUCAGAUUUCAGUCUUCUCUCAAAUGUUAACAUUCCUGGAGUCAUCUACAAAGUGCACUUUAAGCAGAAUCCCAUACUUUAAAAAAAAUCCAACAUUAUAACGCAGUUGUAAUAUAGACAAAUCACAAUUAGAUUAUAUUUUUGCCAAAAUUGUGCAGCCCUUUUGUGAUGAGAAAUGAGAUGGGAGGACAGACCAAAACUGACUUGCUGAAUUCGCUGUUAAUAUACCAAUUGUAAGUUUAAACACCUGGUUUAUGGUUAUAGGUCUACUACUGUAAAUCUGCCACCUGCUUGUCAACAUAGAGAGAUCAUUGCUUUGCCUAGAAUGUUCCACAGUAUGGCUUUAUUGCUCUCUGUAAUGACUGGCAAAAAAUUCAACAUCUUCUUUGUCAGUGAAACAAGCUAAAGUGAAAUGGUUUAUUAGUUGACAUAAAUACGUUACAAAAUUGGGAUUAGGUAAAAAAUUGCCCUCCAUCCAACUUUGCUAUAAUUAAACUGUAUCACAUGAACAUAAUCUAUUUUAACUUAAAUGAGGAAUGCUUAGUGUUGUUUGAAGAGAUGAGGGAUAUGUGUAAACAUAGACCAGACCGCUGUGAGCAAAUGUUUUUUUCAAUAGUGCACUGCAAAACGUGUAGGUUUUUGAUUAUACAUUAUUAUUACUUUAAAAUAUAUAAAUACAACCAAACAUGAAACCUAAGUCAUUGUGUUUCCUGUUGAACUCCUGACUGCCCCCUUCUGCCCUGUGCUGUUCUGUUGUGUCUGUUGUCAUGUCUCUAGGCUGAAUAAACGUGCACGUGUAUGAUUCCUGUGUAAAUGACAGAGUUACAUAUAUGUACAGUGUAUACAUUUGUAUGACCUGCUAUUUUACAUGCUCUUUAUUUAUGUCACGUGACACUUGUUUUGUCACUCAAUAAAUAAUGCUCUUCUUA